AUGCAUGAGGACGCCCAUCUAUGUAUUAAUAAAUACACUGAUAUUUUCCCCAAGAUUCAUUUCAGAGACUCCGAAAUCUUAGGACUUAAUUCAUACUUUGAAGCUAUCAAAGAACAACCAGGCGAUGGUGGUAGUGAUUUUAAAGGCAACGGUACCAACGGUACUCAUGGUGCUGCGCCAUUCACUCACAUUUUGCCAGCUACCUAUACUUUUGGAAUUUGGGGUCUCAUUUAUGCUUUACUCGGUGGAUUCGUUAUUUACCAAUGGUUCGAUUCAGCUGAAGAAGUCACCGUUAAGGGUGUUAAAUAUUAUCUUAUUCUCGCAAAUAUUGUAAACAUCGUUUGGCGAAUGGAUUAUUAUAUGUUAGAUUGCUUUGUUGCUGCAUGCGGCUUAUUAGCUUUGAUAUUUGUAUAUGUCAAUCUUGAACAUUAUCCCGCAAAAAAUAUUUAUGACCGUCUCUUUAUCCACUACCCAUUCACUAUCUAUCCUUCAUGGCUCAUAGUUGCUACUACACUCAACUUUUGGGUCGCAUUUAAGACUAUAGACACAGUAUUCUUUUCCACCAUUAUAAUUGCUGUAUUUGGACUUGUUGGUGUAUCAUUCGUUGAUUAUACUAAGCGCGAAGAUGUUAUCUUUGCUGGUACUCUUGCUUGGUCUCUUAUUGGUAUUGCCAUUAGACAAUAUAAAACAUUACCAAUUCUUAUUGCUGCCUCUGUAUCCUCCGGUCUUAUCGUUGGUGGAAUUUUGAGAGUUAUAGUUCAUCGAAUUGUCACUUGGUGGCAUUUACGUACUCAUUCACCUAGCAAUGUAGAACGAGCAGAACGAGGAGAACGAACAGGAACAGAACGAACUCCACUUUUACAAAAUAAUAAUACAAGAUACAACUCCGUGUUUCUCCGGGCUGCUCAAAUUUAUAAAUCUAUUCAGACCCAUUCAAAUGUUUUAUUCCAAUUAAGAAUUUUACCAAAAUUUUUGAUUACUAAAGUGCAGGAAAGCAUAAACAUUGGAUAUUAUAUAAAUGAGCAUUCACACAGAAAAAUAAUUGCAAUAAAAACAUCAACAACCUCGACCACUUGGGACCAAAUAGCACCAACACAGAUGAACAAUGAGGUGCUCAACGAAAGAACAUUUCGAACUCGUUCAAAAUCAGUUUCUCAUUCAACAAGUACUCACCAAACUGCAAAACUAAGUUGUACUAUUGAAGAUGAUAUUUCACUCAUCACUACUGAAGUACAAUCUUGGGAGACUACUUUAGAAAAAGCUAUUAAAGCCAUUGUUUCUAUUAAAGCUAAUCAUGUAAGAAGUUUUGAUACUGAGACUUCAGGCGAUUAUUCGGCUACAGGUUUUAUUGUUGACGCUGAAAGAGGUUUGAUCCUCUCAAAUCGUCAUGUAGUAUCACCAGCUCCUAUCGUAGCUCAAGCUGUCUUUACUAAUUAUGAAGAAGUAGAAUUAAAACCUAUAUACCGUGAUCCAAUUCAUGAUUUUGGUUUUCUUAAAUUUAAUCCUAAAAAAGUAAAAUUUAUGGAACUUGUUCAAAUACCUUUAAGUCCUGAAAGAGCAAAAGUAGGUUUAGAAAUUAGAGUCGUAGGUAAUGAUGCUGGUGAAAAAUUGUCAAUCUUAUCAGGUACCUUAGCUAGGCUUGAUAGGAGAGCACCAGAAUAUGGUGUUGGUGAAUAUAAUGAUUUCAAUACAUUUUAUUUGCAAGCUGCUUCAGGAACUAGUGGUGGUUCAUCUGGAAGUCCUGUCCUUGAUAUUGAUGGACAUGCCGUGGCCCUAAAUUCUGGUAGUGCUAGUAGAGCUGCUUCCAGUUUUUAUCUCCCUUUAGAUAGGGUGAAACGUGCUCUUCACUUCCUUCAAGAAGGAAAAAAUGUGCCUCGUGGUACCAUUCAAACUGAAUUUGAACAUAUGCCUUAUGAUGAACUCCGUCAUUUGGGUCUUGAUCCUAGUAUUGAAGAACAAGUUAGAGAAGAAUUUCCAGAUGAAACUGGUUUAUUGGUUGUUCGUGUAGUUUUACCCAAAGGUCUAGCUGAUAAUAUUUUAGUUCCGGGUGACAUAGUAAUUUCAGCUAAUAAAGUAACUGUCACCGAUUUUCUUGGUUUAUUUUCUCUUAUUGAUGAUUCUAUCGGUGAAGAAAUUCGUCUCACUAUAUGUCGUAAUAAAGUAAUUGAAGAAGUUACUGUCCGUGUACAAGAUCUUCAUGAUAUUACACCAAAUAGAUUUGUAGAAAUUGGUGGUGGUGUCGUGAAUGAAUUGUCAUACCAAUUGGCACAUUCUUAUUCUCAACCUGUCGGUGGUCCUUUUAUUGCCGCAAGUGGACAUAUGCUCGGUGGUGCUUCGGCUUAUCGUGAAUGUAUUAUUGUCAGCGUCAAUAAUAAAUUGACUCCUAAUUUAGAUGAAUUCAUUAAUGUAAUGAAAACACUUCCAGAUGGUGCAAGAGUACCUAUAAGGUUUUAUUCCCUCUCUAAAAUUCAUAAAGAAUAUGUUACUAUUAUGAAUGUAGAUCGUCAUUGGCAUAAAUUCCAAGUAGCAGUUCGUGAUGAUACCACCGGUUUAUGGAAUUAUACUGAAAUGCCACCACCUCCGAUCAUUCAUUCAUAUGAACCGAUAACCGCAUCAUAUCAAACUUUACACGCCUCCUUAAGUCCUGCUGGGAAAGUUUGGCCUUCUGGACGGAAUGCUAAGAAAACAGGAAUUGGAGAUAUUUUUAUUACUUUUGGUAAUAGUGUAAUUAUACCGGGAAAAAUUCUUUAUCUCCAUCCUAUUUAUAAUUAUGCAGUUCUCACUUAUGACCCAAAACUCUUGGGUGAUACACCAGUUCGUGCGAUUGAAUUUAGUAAUAAAGAAUUAGAUCAAGGUGAUGAAGUAUAUCUUAUAAGUGUGGCAGGAGAUUCAUCACCUGUAAUGAAAAAAACCUAUGUAAAUCAUAUUGGUGAUGUCGAUACAAGAGAAUGUAACCCUCCUAGAUGGAGAGCUAUGAAUGUAGAAGGAAUAACUGUAGAUGACGCUAUAGGAACGCAGGUUUUAUGUGAAUCCAAUGGUAGAGUUCAAGCCAUUUGGCUUAAAUAUUCAUCCCAGAAUGAUAGUGAGAAUGACUACAUAUUUUAUUGUGGUCUUCCCAUAGCGAUAGUAUUAACUACUAUAGAAAUGAUUAAAGUUGGGAAAUAUCCACAAUUACGUGGAUUAAAUGUGGAAUUUUGGACACGAAGAAUAGCCACAGCUCGUGCUUAUGGGCUUUCUGCAGAAUGGAUAAAAAGAAUAGAAUCUGCGAAAAAUUCAAAACAUACCAUGUUAUACGUAUUAAAUAUAUUGGAUUUUACAAGUCCGGCUGGUAAACUUUUGAAAGUUGGUGACAUUGUAUUGAUGAUGAAUGGUCGUUUGGUGACUAGAAUGGCAGAUUUACCCCGUGCUUAUCAUCAAUCUGAAGAAGUAGAUAUGUUAAUAUUGCGGGAUGGUAAAGAAAUUAAUUUAAAGGUUGCGACGACACCUUAUCCAAAAAAGGAAACAAAACGGAUCGUUUGUUGGGCUGGUGCGCUUAUCCAAAUGCCGUACAAGGCAGUUUUAGAACAAGUACGUAAACCUCCUACGGGUGUAUACGUAUCUUGUACGCUCUAUGGAUCACCCGCAUCUAUCACAUUCCAUCCCGGUAUAUGGAUUGUUGAAGUGCAAGGAAGAAAGGUUCAUGAUUUAGAUUCCUUUUUAGAUGCUGUUCAUUUACAUGAAAAAGAACAGAAAGAAAAUGAAGAUAGUGAUGGAUAUGUUCGAAUAAAAACCAUUGAUAGAAGAGAUGUUACACAUGUGGUAGCGAUGAAGCUUGUUCCUCAUUAUUGGGACACGUGGGAAUUGAUGGAAGAUGAUAGUACACAAACAGGUUGGAGAGUUAAAUAUGAGACAAAAUCUUAG